UCGAACGGGUUUGAUGAGAUGAUGGAUAGUCCUGGUGAUUCUGAAGAGGAGGAGGAUGAGGAAGAUGAGGUUGAUUACGAGAGGAAGAAGUUUAAUGACGCUGCUUCGUAUAAGAUGUUGGCGGAUUCCGUUGAGAGGUUUGGGAAGGUUUAUGAGAAGAUGGAGAAGAGUAAGAAGGAUCAAAUGAAGGAGUUGGAGAAGAUGAGAGCUGAUUUUCAGAAAGAUUUGGAGUUGCAGAAGAAACAGAUUGUGGAUCGAGCUCAGAGUGAGAUUGCUAGGCUACGUGAAG